GCUCCGCCGCUCCGUGCGGGGCCAUGGCCGCCCGCUCCCUGCGGCGCCUCGGGGCCCUGCUGCCCGCGGCCGGCAAGGCCGGCACCGGCAGUUUAUAUUUCAGAGGGUGCCCCUGUGCUUUCAGCACUGCAGCUCAGCAGAGGAGUACAGGAGACGAGUGUGGCCCUGAGGACCCCAGUGAGGAGCCCAAGCACCCCCUGUCUGGCUGUGCCUUGGAGCACAAAGCCAUCAAAUUGGAAGAGCAAGUCCGGGAUUUAACUGAGCGAUACCGGAGAGCUUUGGCAGAUUCUGAAAAUGUCCGGAGGAGAACACAGAAGUUUGUGGAAGAUGCCAAACUCUUUGGCAUCCAGAGUUUCUGCAGGGACCUGGUGGAGGUGGCAGACAUCCUGGAGAAGACGGCCGAGAGCGCCGCGGGCCACGCCGAGGAGCCCAGCGACCCCAACCCCGCCCUGCAGAAAAUCUACGAGGGGCUGUCCCUCCUCGAGGCCAAGCUGCAGAGCGUCUUCGCCAAGCACGGCCUGCAGAAGAUGAACCCCGUGGGGGGCAGGUACGACCCCUACGACCACGAGAUCGUCUGCCACGUGCCAGCCGAGGGCGUGCAGCCGGGCACCGUGGCGCUGGUCACGCAGGACGGCUACAAACUGCACGGCCGCACCAUCCGCCACGCGCUGGUCGGCGUGGCCGUGGAGGCACAGGAGUGACGGGGCUCCAGCUGCUCCACCUGGCACCUUGCUGGGCUGGGGACAGUGCCAGCUGUUUGUGUUUUACUUAUUUAUUGAGCUGGGUUUGUGUCGUGGGGUGGCUUCGGGGUCGCCGCCGUUCCU